AUGUUGGUAGAGCUAAAUGAUAGAUUUUCAUCGAAAACAUUAUCAUUGAUGAAAAGUAUCUUUACCGUUUAUCCAAAUAGUACCAAUUUUCUUAAUAUUGAUGCUAUCGAUGAAUUUUGCUUUCAUAUUGGUGGAGAUUCGAGUGCACUCAAAAAUGAAUUUCUUGUUAUUAAAUCCAUGCUUCAAUCGAAAAAAAUCAAUUAUGUUAUUGAAUUGUAUAGUGAAUUAAUUUCAAUGUCAGAUGCAUUUCCCCAAACGUUAAAAAAUGAUAACCAAUGCCAUAUAACUAUGCCAAUUUCACAAGUAACUUGUGAGAGAUCUUUUUCAAAGAUGAAAAUAAUUAAGAAUUAUCUUCGAAAUUCAAUGGCAAAUGAACGUUUAAGUGAUUUAACAGUAAUGGCUCUUGAGCGAGAUUUUGAGAUAAAUUAUGAACGUGUAUAA